AUAACAGAUUUUCCAGCUAUUCCAAUAGUUUCUCUUCAGUUUUAAAUUAACUUUGUUAACUUUGCUGAAGAUAAAAGCAAAAAGCAACACCUCUUUAUUCUGGAACGCAACCAAUUGAAAGUUCUCUACAUCUACAUACCCAGGAGCGGAACCAAUUGUUCGUCUAUCGUUUAUCGAAUCACAUCUGGCGAUGAAUUAACACAACAACAAGGAAAUAGUGGAAAUGGAUCUGCGCCGGAAGCUUCUGGAGGCGGAAUCUGGAGAGGACCGGGACGAGGCGCGCCUGCAGCUGAUGCGGGAGCUGCACCCGCAGCUGGGCGUGCCGGUGGGCGUGGCGGGUGAGCGUCUGCAGCAGCUAAUCGCGGAGGUGCGAGCGAGAGGGCAGCCGCACCUGUUGCGCCUGUGGCAGCUGUGGCUCCAGGAGCUCCUCCUGGCCCGCAGGAUCAUCCUAGUGCGCUCCCACCUGCUGGUGGCCGAGCUAAUAGCCGAAGGACAGCCGGAACCCUCCGUCGAAGCCCUUAAUCUCCUGCUAACACUGCUAAAGGCGACGCCCAAGGAGAAACUGUCUGUUUUCUGGCCGAGAUUGAGCGCUUUAACCCAGGUGAAGGACAUAGAAGCAGCCCUGCUGCUGCUGCAGUGCCAGGAGCACGUGCUGGCCGAGCUGGAGGAGUCGCCGGAGGAGGGCAGCCACACCCGCAACCUGGCCAACUCGCUCAUCCAGCUGCAUUUCGAGGGCUGCUUUCUGGAGGAGCAGCAGCAGCAGCUGCCCCGCCUGCUGGCGCACAGCCUGCAGCUGCUCCAGAAGCUGCUCACCCGCCAGCCGGACUACGCGGCGCAGCGUGUUCCCGAGCUGAUGGGCCUGGUGCAGUGCUACCUGCAGUUUGGAGCCGAAGGAGAAGCGACGACGACGCUGGUCAAGCCCCGCAAGCUGCCGCCCGCCCAGCAGUCGGCUGCCUAUGGCGGCCAGGAGCAGGAUGCGUCGGACUCCCAGCAGUCGCGCUCCUGCGGCCGCAAGAACAAGGUGCGCAAGAUGCGAUCCCUGGCCAAGCAGCGCCAGCAGGCGGCGGUCAGUGAGCCCCCGGAUCCGCUGCUCCUGCUGGGCCACCAGGACUACGGCUGCCUCACCGGCGACUCGGGCGAGAACUGCCCGCCCUCGGAUUCGGAUCAGCAGCAGGCGGAGGAGAGCAAGCAUCUCCGCCAGCUGCAGGCCAAGGUGAGGAUCUCGGCGCUGCACUUGCUCGGCUCGCUGACCAACCAGUUGCCCCGCCGCUCGCUCUACGGCUACUGGCACGUCCUCUUCCCCGACGGCGGCGACUCGGGCGGCGGUCGCCACCUGCUGCUCCUCGGCCAAAGGGACACCAAUUCCCGCUGUCGCGCUUUGGCCCUGCAACUGGGCACCCAGCUGCUCUACGGCUCGAAGGCGUUCCUCAGCCAGGCCUGCUCCCGCGGCCCCAGCAACUUCACGCCCUUCGCCGUCAGCCUGGCCAGCUCGGUGCUGGCCGCCUAUCGCACUCUGAGCUCCAUCCUCGAGCGGGAGUUCGCGCCGCCCGUGCUGACGCAGUGCCUCAAGUGCCUGGCCGUUCUGGUCCAGGCCACGCCCUUCGAUCAGCUGGAGAUGGGCUUUGUCUACGAGUUUGUGGGCCAUGUGAAGAAGCUGGUUAAAAGCGAAGAUCCGCCGGUGGCCGUUUCUGCUUUGCUGGUCAUGGAAAUGCUGGUGGGCACGUCUAAGAUGACGCCGGAAAUUGCCAGCUCGGUGGGAUUGGCGCCCAGCCAGAGGAAUCUUGAGCAAAUCACACAGGAGGAGGACUACCAGGAGCUGUGCGACUCAGAGGUGGAACUCGAAGAGGAGGAGGAGCAGUCAGCAGGGAGAAAUUCAGUUAAACCGGCAGUUAAACCAGUGCCACCGUCAAUUCCACGCAACUCCUGGCUGCUGAGGCAGGUUCUCCGUUACCUAGAGGGUCCCGGCACCCCGACCACCGUGCGCCUGGAGUGCUUUCAGGUGCUCCAGGCCAUGGCCACGCACGUUGGCCUGCUGCGCGGCCACCAGGCUCGCCUGGCAAGGGUGAUCUCCGGCGGACUAAGCGACCCUGCUGCGGAUGUGAAGCUGUACGCCGCCCGCUGCCUGGAUUCGGUGGGCUACCAGCUGGGAAGACUGCUGCCGGAGGCGUCGGAAAAGGAACUGCAGCUGUCCUUCUGGCUGAGACUGCUCCCCGCCACCUAUGCCGCCUACGAUGGCGCCGGCUUCCCGCUGAAGUGCGCCCUCUGCGAUGCGCUGUCCAACAUGGGAGCCUUCAGCUUCGAGCGGCUGUCGGAUGGCGAGAGGACCGCCCUGCUGGCCUUCCUCAGCGGCUGCGCCAGCGACGACCACGAGGAGACGCUGGUCAGGGGAGCCGCUCUGCGGGCCAUGGCCGUCUACGUGCUGCAUCCCUCGCUGAAGACGGAUCUGGGAUUUGUGGAGAACGCGGCGGAGCUGACGCUGCGCAUCAUCGGCGACGCGCAGCUGGCGGUGAGGAUCAAGGCCGCCUGGGCGCUGGGCAACAUCAGUGACGCCUUGAUUGCCGCCUGCCUACAAACGGAGAGAGUCUCCGGCGAACUGCUGCGACGCCUCAUCCAGGCGGCCACCAAGAGCUGCGGCGAACACGACAAGGUGCGCGCCAAUGCAGUGCGCGCCCUGGGGAAUCUCCUGCAGAUCCUCCAGCUGCAGAACAGCCGGGAGAAUGGCGAGCAGAUGCAGCUGGCCAUGGCCAAGCUGCUGGACUGCGUGCGCUCCUCGGGCAACGCCAAGGUCAAGUGGAACGCCUGCCAUGCCAUCGGGAAUCUGGUGCGGCACCGGGCCUUCUUUGCCAGCGGCCAACUGGCAGGGAUCCUGUUCCCCGCCCUCAGCCAGCUGGUGGUGCACAAUGCCAACUUCAAGGUGCGCACCAAUGCCGCCGGCGUGCUGCUGCAGGUGGAGCAGCGCCAGGAUCUGGGCGCCCACUUUCCGCUGGUCUGGCGUUCGCUGCUGGAGGCCCUGGAGCGCUCCAACGCGCUGGACAGCUUCGAGGAGUACAACCAUCGGGAUGCCCUGCAGCAGCAGCUCUGCCUGGCCAUUGCCCACCUGCUCCAGCUGGCCAGGAGCUCCGAUUUGCCCGCGAUGCGGGAGUCGCUGGAGGAGGACCGCCUGGAGGAGGUGCGGGCCACGUGGCGGCGCGUCGCCUUCCGCAUCGUUCCCGAGCAGUCGGCGCCGCUCUUCACCUGCAGUCCGCGGCUCGAGCAGCGUCUGCAGGCGGAGGUGAGCACCCAGCAGCGCUGCGCCCUGGCCUUCAUUACGAGCACGCUGCGGCUGGAGCCGUAGGAUGGAGGAGCCACCUAGCCUAAUCCCACAAAU